GCCAUUUCGACAGAAAAUAGAUGUAAGAAAAGGACAGAAAAUGUAAGGUCGUAUGUGCAUUCGUCGGUUUGUAAAACAGGAGAAGGAUAAGAUGGUUUCCAGAUGUAGCUGCUUGGGGGCCCAGUGUCCGCUGCUCUCGCUUCUUCUCCUUGCAUCCUGGGAGGUGGGGAGCGGUCAGCUCCACUACACGGUACUGGAGGAGGCCAAACACGGCACCUUCGUGGGCCGCAUCGCGCAGGACCUGGGGCUGGAGCUGGCGGAGCUGGUGCCGCGUCUGUUCCGGGUGGCGUCCAAGACACACGGGGACCUUCUGGAGGUAAAUCUGCAGAAUGGCAUUUUGUUUGUGAAUUCUCGGAUCGACCGCGAGGAGCUGUGCGGGCGGAGCGCGGAGUGCAGCAUCCACCUGGAGGUGAUCGUGGACAGGCCGCUGCAGGUUUUCCAUGUGGACGUGGAAGUGAAGGACAUUAACGACAAUCCGCCCAGGUUCUCCGUAGCAGAACAAAAGCUCUUAAUACCUGAAUCCAGACUGCUUGACUCUCGAUUUCCGCUAGAAGGCGCAUCUGAUGCGGAUGUUGGAGAGAACGCAUUGCUUACUUACAAACUCAGUUCAAAUGAGUUUUUUAUUCUUGACAUUAUGAACAAAAAAGACAAAGAAAAAUUCCCAGUGCUUGUUCUGCGGAAACUGCUGGAUCGUGAAGAAAAUCCUCAGCUAAAGUUGUUACUGACAGCAACUGACGGAGGCAAACCUGAAUUUACCGGAUCGGUUUCUCUGCUUAUCCUGGUGUUAGAUGCCAACGAUAACGCCCCUAUCUUUGAUAGACCAGUUUAUGAAGUUAAGAUGUAUGAAAAUCAAGUGAACCAAACAUUAGUUAUAUGGCUCAAUGCUUCUGAUUCGGAUGAAGGGAUAAACAAGGAAAUGAUAUAUUCAUUUAGCUCUUUGGUCCCACCCAUGAUAAGAAGGAAAUUUUGGAUAAACGAAACGACGGGAGAAAUAAAAGUAAAUGAUGCUAUUGACUUUGAGGAUAGUAACACUUAUGAAAUUCAUGUAGAUGUUACAGAUAAGGGAAAUCCACCUAUGGUUGGUCACUGCACGGUCCUAGUGGAAUUACUGGAUGAAAAUGAUAAUUCCCCUGAGGUGAUUGUCACUUCCCUGUCUCUCCCAGUGAAAGAAGACUCUCAAGUUGGCACCGUCAUCGCCCUGAUCAGCGUGUCUGACCAUGACUCAGGAGCCAACGGACAGGUCACCUGCUCUCUGACACCCCAUGUCCCUUUCAAGCUGGUCUCUACCUACAAGAAUUACUACUCGUUGGUGCUGGACAGAGCCCUGGACCGCGAGAGCGUGUCGGCCUAUGAGCUGGUGGUGACCGCGCGGGACGGGGGCUCGCCUUCGCUGUGGGCCACGGCCAGCGUGUCCGUGGAAGUGGCCGACGUGAAUGACAACGCGCCGGCAUUCGCGCAGCCCGAGUACACGGUGUUCGUGAAGGAGAACAACCCACCGGGCUGUCACAUCUUCACUGUGUCGGCGCAGGACGCGGACGCGCAGGAGAACGCGCUGGUGUCCUACUCGCUGGUGGAGCGGCGAGUGGGCGAUCGCGCGCUGUCGAGCUACGUGUCGGUGCACGCGGAGAGCGGCAAGGUGUAUGCGCUGCAGCCGCUGGACCACGAGGAGCUGGAGCUGCUGCAGUUCCAGGUGAGCGCGCGCGACGCGGGCGUGCCGCCUCUGGGCAGCAACGUGACACUGCAGGUGUUCGUGCUGGAUGAGAACGACAACGCGCCGGCGCUGCUGGCGUCUCCCGCUGGCAGCGCGAACGGUGCAGUCAGUGAGCUGGUGCUGCGUUCGGUGGGUGCGGGCCAAGUGGUGGCGAAGUUGCGCGCAGUGGACGCUGACUCGGGAUACAACGCGUGGCUGUCGUAUGAAUUGCAGUCGGCGGCGGUUGGCGCACGCAUCCCAUUCCGCGUGGGGCUGUACACGGGAGAGAUCAGUACGACGCGCGCUCUGGAUGAAGCUGACUCGCCGCGUCAGCGCCUAUUGGUGCUGGUGAAGGAUCAUGGUGAGCCGGCGCUGACGGCCACAGCCACUGUGCUCGUGUCACUUGUGGAGGGCGGUCAGGCACCCAAGGCCUCGUUGCGAGCGUCAGUGGGCGUGGGGCAAGAGGUGGCCCUGGUGGAUGUCAACGUGUACCUGAUCAUCGCCAUCUGCGCGGUGUCCAGCUUGCUGGUGCUCACGCUGCUGCUGUACACGGCACUGCGGUGCUCGGCAACGCCCACCGAGGGCGCCUGUGGGCCGAUGAAGCCCACGCUGGUGUGCUCUAGCGCGGUGGGGAGCUGGUCUUACUCGCAGCAGAGGCGGCAGAGGGUGUGUUCUGGGGAAGGCCCGCCCAAGGCGGACCUCAUGGCCUUCAGCCCCAGCCUUCCACCGUGCCCAACAGUAGAUGUGGAAGCGGAAGAUCAGCCUGUUGGAGGGGACCACUCUAGGAAGGUGGGUUAUUACAUUUUCCUUUCCUUUUUGUGCUUUGUGAUAAUAUUUUCUCUUACUGCAUUUUCUCAAAUAUGUAUCUCAGAAUGUUUCAUUUUUGUCUACAUACCAUUUAUACCUGAAUAUUUCUAA